GGACAUAAUCAGCGCGGUAAGUUUGCAGAACCUUACAGCCUGUCUCGGCCAGCAGGGAGCUCGCUUCUUUCAGCUUUUCUGAGGUUGCCACAAGUCCACUCUCACCAUGUCUGACACUGAGGAAGUUGAUCAGGUCGAGGCUGUAGAAGAGGAGGUAGUAGAGGAAGUAGAGGUGGCCCCUGAGGCGGCCCCUGAGCCAGAGCCAGAACCAGAACCAGAGCCAGAGCCAGAACCAGAACCAGUGGUAGAACCAGAGCCAGAACCAGAACCAGAGCCAGAGCCUGAGCCUGAGCCUGAAGAGGAGAAGCCAAAGUUCAAGCCCAGCGCUCCCAAGAUCCCUGAUGGUGAGAAAGUGGACUUUGAUGACAUCCAGAAGAAACGUCAGAACAAGGACCUGGUUGAGCUGCAGGCCCUCAUCGAUGCCCACUUUGAGUGCAGGAAGAAGGAGGAGGAGGAGCUGAUCGCCCUCAAGGACAGGAUUGAGAAGCGUCGUGCCGAGAGGGCCGAGCAGCAGAGGGUCCGUGCUGAGAAGGAGAAGGAGCGCCAGGCGAGACGUGAGGAGGAGAGGCGGAUCAGGGAGGAGGCUGACGCCAAGAAGAAGGCUGAUGAGGAUGCCAAGAAGAAGUCGGCUCUGUCCAGCAUGGGCUCCAACUACAGCAGCCACCUGCAGAGAGCCGACCAGAAGAGAGGAGGCAAGAAAGAGACUGAGAGAGAGAAGAAGAAGAAGAUCCUGGCCGCCAGACGCAAGCAGCUGAACAUCGACCAUCUGAACGAGGACAAGCUAAAGGACAAGAUCAACGAGCUGCAUGAAUGGAUGGUCCAGCUGGAGUCUGAGAAGUUCGACCACAUGGAGAGACUGAAGAGGCAGAAGUACGAGGUUACAACCCUGCGUAAGAGAGUUGAGGAGCUCAGUAAAUUCAGCAAGAAGGGCGCCGCCGCUCGCCGCAGAAAGUAGAUCACCUCGCCCCGCCGCUGCUCAGAAACCAAACUGCGAUCGUCUCGGACACACGCCUGAUGAAACAACGCACACUGUGGCGAAGGUCGUAGCUCGAAAGAAGCCAGUCAUGCUGAGGUCUACUUUGCGGUUAUCAACCCACGUCUUGAAACAUGCAACCAGGAGCCUUUAGCUGCUGCUCAAUAGGAAUAAAAAAAAAGAAAAAGCCUACGAAAUCUUGCUCGCCAUCUCGCUUCCUCGCCCUCCACUGUUUGGUUCUCAGUAUUUUUGUAAAUAAAGUGUGACUCUUCAAGCCAUGUCUGUAGAUCUGUUCUUCUUCAGAAGUCAAUAAAGUUCAGUGUUUGUAGCCAUGUAA